AUGCGUCUCCUUCCAAUCACCCUCCUCUACUCCAUUUUUGCGACCGGAAUAAUAGCAGAAUCAUCCGAAAAAGAACUCGGAAGUACAGAUGCGACAUUAGAAUCGACAGAUGAAGCCUCAACAGAUGUGCCUGAGCCCUCAGUAUUCAAUGGCGUCCAAGUGCCACCUCUCCUCGAUAUGGAUGGGGAGAAGUUCAAUGAGACCACGGCAGACGGGUACUGGUUUGUGAAACAUCAUUCACCAUAUUGUGGGCACUGUCUUGCAAUUGCGCCCAUCUGGCAAACGUUGUACGAAUUCUACUAUACCUCGAAGCCUGUUCCUGCGGGCUCCAAUGCGGAUACCGCAUCGUCUUCCAUGAAUUCCUUCACGCCGUACUACAAUUUUCACUUUGCAAAUCUCGACUGUAUUGCCUACGGCUCAGCGUGCACGGCUCACAAUGUCAACGCGUUCCCUACCUUCAUUCUAUAUAAGGAUACAGAAGAACUCAAGAGAUUUGUGGGUACUAAGGACAUGGCGGGUUUGAGUACUUUUGUGGAAGAGGUCCUCGAGACUAUUAGGCCAGGCUCACGACCGCUUGGCGGCCCCGUAUUGCCGGAAAAGGGAGAUAAGAGUACCAAAGACUACCAAGGCCCCGAACAAGAUACAUUGGCUGAGGAGAAGGAGACGAAGACACCCCCAACCAAGGAAGUGAAGAAGGAGAAAGCAGCUUCUCCUAAGGCUCCGGCAGCUCUCAAGAAGCCAGCGAAGCCUACUUCUACACCCAAUCCUCUUGGACAAUCCAUUUCUUUCACCGCAGAAAGCUUCCAAAACUCAGUUACCACGACGCAAGAGCCAUGGUUCAUCAAGUUUUAUGCGCCAUGGUGUAUGCAUUGCCAAGCUAUGGCCCCGAACUGGAUCCAGCUUGCGAAGGAAAUGAAAGGGCAGCUCAAUAUUGGAGAAGUGAACUGUGAUGUUGAAUCUAGAUUAUGCAAGGAUGUUCACCUACGAGGAUACCCAACGAUUCUCUUCUUCCGUGGAGGCGAGCGAGUUGAAUAUGACGGCUUAAGAGGACUGGGCGACUUUGUUACGUACGCUAACAAAGCUAUCGACCUUGGCGAAGGCGUGAAGGAUAUCGAUGCUGCGGAGUUCAAGGAAUUAGAGGAGAAAGAGGAAGUCAUCUUCGUCUAUUUCUACGACCACGCUACAACCAGUGAAGACUUUGCAGCUCUGGAAAGACUGACAUUAAGCUUGAUUGGACACGCAAAGUUGGUGAAGACGAACAGCGCCCUUCUUGCCGAACGAUUCAAGAUCACCACAUGGCCUAGACUUUUGGUUUCCCGAGAUGGCCGUCCCACAUAUUAUACAGCACUCGCUCCCCAAGAUAUGCGCGAUUUCCGACAAGUUCUUCACUGGAUGCAGUCAGUCUGGCUUCCAAUUGUCCCUGAACUUACUGCUUCCAACUCUCGAGAGAUUAUGGAUGGAAAGCUUGUAGUCCUGGGUAUCUUUACUCGUGAGCGACCAGAUGAGUUCAUGAUGGGAAAGAAGGAAAUCAAGAGCGCCGCUUUGGAGUGGAUGGAUAGGCAAACCGCCACUUUUCAGCGUGAGCGCCAGGAGUUGAGAGAUGCUAAGCAACUAAGAAUUGAAGAGGCUGAAGACCGUAAUGAUCAACGAGCCCUUAGGGCGGCAAAGAGUAUACGCAUCAACAUGGAUAAAUCAGAGCAGAAAGAAGUUGGUUUCGCCUGGGUGGAUGGUGUCUUCUGGGAAAGAUGGGUACGAACUACCUAUGGGAUUGAAGUCGCCAAGGAUGGCGAGAAAGUCAUUAUCAAUGACGAAGAUCAACGACGAUACUGGGACACAACUAUCAGUGGUAAUUUUAUCAUGCCAUCACGAACAUCAAUCCUCGAGACCAUUGGAAAAGUCUCCAAGUCGCCUCCACAAAUCAAGCCCAAGUCGACCAUCUCAAGCUUCGAGAAGUUUUUCUUUGACAUCAGAGGUGCCAUUUCAGGACAUCCUCUCUUGUCUAUCGGCAUUAUCGCCGGCAUUUUACUGGGUGUGUUUAUUUACGGAAGGGGGCGUGUACGGAGGAACAAGGGAGGCUUCUUCAGACUCGAUGAGAAGGACGGUCUGUUGGGAGGUAACACGAACGGGGGAAAGGUGGAUUAG